AUGUUAUUAAUCUUAAUCAAAUUUUCAUAUCUAUUUAUUUUAUUGUAUUCUCCUGUCAAUGCCUUACCAAUUAUUAAUCGUGAAACUAUUACAUAUAAUAGUACGGUAAAUGCGACACUUCCAUUAAUGAUACAAAAAUUUAAAAUGCCAAAAAACUUUAAUAUAAGUAAAAUUACAAAAGAUCUCAAAGAUUUUGGUAUUCAUAGUUUAAAAGAAGAUCAACAUUUUGAAGGUUUACCAUUAGACCGUCGUGGGAAAGCUAAUCCUGAAUUUCAUAAAGAAAUCUUUCUGGGUGAUCAUGAAGUAUUUGAAUCAGAUAUUCAUCAAAAUGAACGUAGACGAGAUAAAAAACUGGAAGAAAUAUUCAAUGAAGUAGAUGUAGAUCAUGAUGAACGUUUAACAAAAGAUGAACUUGUUAAUUAUCUAUUUAAAAAUAUUCAACAACAUUUACAAAAAGCCAAACAUAAAAAUUCACAAUUAUUCAUAUUGAUAGAUGCAGAUCAAAAUGGUAAAAUAACAUGGCAAGAAUAUGUUUUAUUGUAUGUAAAAUUUCACAAUAAAAAUAUAUCUGAUAUAAGAGAUGUAAAUGAUGUUGAAUUUAUUCCAAGUUCACUUGAUCUUGAAUCUCAUCAAGAACUUCUUAAAAUUCGAUAUCGAUGGAUGCAAGCUGAUCAGAGUAGUGAUAAUGAACUUAAUAUCGAUGAAUUUCUUGCUUUUCGUCAUCCAGAAAUAACUGAUCGAUCAGCAAAAUAUAUUGCUGAUGAUCUUCUUCUACAUAUGGAUCAAAAUAAUGAUCAAAAAAUAAAUGAAACUGAAUUUGUAUAUAUUCCUUCAAAUAUAUCCACAGAUAAAAAUGAUACAACUUGGUCAGAAAUGGAUAAAAAAUUUGUCGAUGCACAAAAAACAGAAUUUCAUGAAUUUGAUGAAAAUAACGAUGGAAUUUUAACAAGAGAUGAAAUUACAAAAGCAUAUGACCCAAUAAAUCGUGUACAUAUCAAUAUUCAAGUUAAAAGAUUAUUUUCAAAGGUUGAUGAUUCACCCGCAGAUGGUUCUUUAUCAUUAAAAGAAAUUCAAAAACAUGCUGAUAUUUUUACUGAUUUAAGUCUUUUGAAUCCUGAUAGAGUAUUACAUGAAGAAAUGUAA